AUGAUCAACACUACUGGUUCUAUCACGCUGACGUCUCCUCCAGGUUGUCCACGCGCGGUCCUUACAAAUGCCACUAUUGUGAAGGUUAAAAACCGUUUAAAUCAAAAGAAACGAGUGUCUACACGAAAAUUAGCUAAAGAUCUGAAAAUUUCUAGAACGGAUGUACAGCGAAUACUCCGAGAAGAUCUUGGAUGUAAGCCGUACAAAAAGAGAAAACAACCUAAGCUAAGUAAUCUUCAGAAAACUAGGAGGAUUAAGUUUGCUAAUUGGGUGUUAAAUAACUACAGCAAAGAUGACACUAAAAAAUGGCUUUUCACAGAUGAAAAGCUCUUUGAUUUUGACGGCAUAUACAAUUCACAAAACGAUCGGGUGUGGGCGGUCAGUAGAGAAGAAGCUGAUAGAAAAGGUGGUUUUCGUGAGAAGACCAAAUAUCCAAGAAAAGUGAUGGUGUGGCUAGGUGCAUGUGUUGAAGGUCUAACUACACCAGUCAUUUUGGAAAAUGGAACGAUAGAUGCAGAGGUUUACAUCAAUGACGUGCUUCCAAUAGCUCUAAAAUGUGAUGAUAAAAUGUUAGGGAGCGAUUGGACUUAUCAACAAGAUGGUGCUAGACCUUACACACAUCGUCUCACUCAAGAAUGGUGUGUCGAGAAUUUUCCUGACUUCAUCUCCAAGGAGCGUUGGCCACCCAAUUCACCUGACUUAUGUCCCUUGGAUUACAGUUUAUGGAACGAGUUGGUUCAAUGUAUGAAUUGGAAUCGAAUAACAACAAAAGCAACAUUGAUUGAAGAAAUAUAA